AUGGAUGAUUUGGCCAAUAAUAACCCUUCUGCUACCAUGGAAGAAGAAGAAGAAGCUGGUAUUGGUGCGAAAUCCGAUGAUGAGUUGAUGGAAUCAAACAGUAUUGAUUAUGAUUUUGAUGAAGAUUUUCAUGGAGAUGAAAGUGAAGAUGAAGAUGAAGAUGAUUAUGAUUAUUUUGCAUCACAAAUGGAAUCGUAUUUUGACGAUUUAGAUUGUCCAACUGGUGUGGAAGUUUCGGUGCAGUUUUCUCUUGAUGAUGAUAAUAAAAGCAUUCAACCACAGAAUAAUACACAAAUUUCAUCAUCAAAAGUAGUAGUCACUGAUAUUGAUGAUCAAACCCAAAUCAAUAAUAAUAUCAAGGAACUACAACUAAUAAGCUCUACCACUUUGAAAGAGGAUCAUAAUAAUGAUCAUGCCAAUAAGGCCAACUCAUCAGGUUCUAGUAGUAGUACUACUGUGGAGGCAAAGCUAUUUCCCACUUUUGAUUUCGUCGAUGAUAUCCCAGAUCAUUACUAUUUCAAUUCAAAAUUUAAGCCAACUAAUAAGAAUUGGACAAAAGUAAUUCAGGAUGAGUGGAAGAGCCUGAAAACUGGCUUACCAGAAACCAUAUUUGUGAGAGUUUCAGAAUCAAGGAUGGAGCUUUUAAGGGCAGUGAUUGUAGGACCUCCAGGCACUCCCUACCACGAUGGACUAUUCACUUUUGACUGUAUUUUUUGCGAAAGCUAUCCCUACAAACCACCGUCAGUGUACUACUAUUCAAGUGGUCUUCGAAUAAAUCCGAAUCUGUAUAAUAAUGGGAAAGUGUGUCUAAGUCUUCUGGGGACAUGGGAAGGUAAAAAUAAAUGUGAGAACUGGGAGCCAGGGAGAUCAACCAUGUUACAAGUUUUGGUGUCCAUUCAGGCUCUGAUUCUCAAUGCACAGCCCUACUUCAACGAGCCAGGCUUUGAAAUCACCUCUGCUACUCCAGAGGGGGAUCGUGCCUCUCAACGCUACAAUGAGACUGCUCUUAUUCUAUCUUUCAAGACCAUGCUUUACACUAUGAGGAACCCACCAAUGCACUUCAAGGACCUGGUUGUGCAUCAUUUUCAGAAUAGGGCACAAGCUAUUCUGGUAGCAUGCGAAGCUUAUUCGAAGGGUCAAGCUUUGGCUGGCUCAGAAAUUAUUAAUAAAAACCAAUCUACCGAAACUACCAGUGGCUCCUCAAAGUUCAAGACUGAGGUAUCUCAAAUGAUGAAGCUACUCCUUACAAGUUUCCUGCAAAAUGGAUACACACCCAACAAUUAG